AUGGACAGAAGACGCCCUUCUUGCAGUGACUCACUACCUCGCAGUGAAGCCCAGAUACGCUUGUGCCCCGAAAAGUUCGAUGAAUCGUCCGCCGAUGAUGGACCGAAAUUAGCACCCGUUGACGGCGGAUUCCAGGCAUGGAUGUUUCUGGCAGCUUGUGUAAUGAUCGAGGCUUUGAUAUGGGGAUUUGCUUUUUCAUUCGGAGUCUUCCAGAAAUACUAUCACGACCAUGAAGCUUUCCAGGACUCUAGCAUGGUAGCUGUCAUUGGAACAUGUGCCACAGGAAUUUCCUACUUGAGCUGCCCGCUGGUCAUCAUUGCUAUGAUCCUCCUUCCUCGAUGGGGCCGCUGGUUCUCAUCAGUAGGGCUGAUCAUAAUGUGUCUUUCCCUGGCCGCGGGCUCAUUUUCCACCAAUGUCACUCACCUCGUGCUCUCCCAAGGAGUCGGCUUCGGAAUUGGCGGCUGUAUAGCAUACAGUCCAUCCAUCCUGUACAUGGAUGAGUGGUUCGUCAACCGACGAGGACUCGCGUUCGGCAUAACCUGGGCCGGAUCAGGAGUAUCCGGGAUAAUAUUCCCGAUUGGCCUCGAGAAUCUAUUGGGACGGUUCGGAUUCGAAACGACUCUUAGGGUCAUCUCCGUGAUCGUAUUCCUUCUCGCUGCGCCAUUCAUAUACUUCCACAGACCACGCCUCCCGGUUAAAAGGAUAGUCGACUAUCAGCGUCUGAACUUCCGCUUCCUUACAACCCGGAUAUUUUGCUUCUACCAACUCGGCAAUAUAAUAGAGGCGCUGGGGUUCUUCUUGCCCGGUAUCUAUUUACCGAGCUAUGCCCGUAGCAUUGGCGCUACAGAUUUCCUCUCCUCGUUGACCGUCACGCUGUUAAAUCUGGCGUCGGUUUUCGGCAGUGUUACCAUGGGCCAUCUGACAGAUCGAUACCAUGCUAUCACCUGCAUUACCAUCUCAACAGUCGGUAGUACACUGUCUGUAUUUUUCCUCUGGGGAUUCUCAACAAGCUUGCCCACGUUGCUUGUGUUUUCUGUCGCGUACGGAUUAUUCGCAGGGUGUUACUCCGCGACGUGGGCGGGAAUGACUCACGAGGUCCGACGAGUCGAUCCGUCUGCCGAUGCAACUAUCAUAUUCGGGGUUAUUGCCUUUGGGCGUGGAGUUGGAAAUGUCGUUAGCGGUCCAUUAAGUGAGGCCAUACUUGGUCCAGUGACGGAAUCUGCGCUAGCAGGAUAUGGUACUGGAUAUGGACUUAUCAUCUUGUGUACGGGGCUUAGUUGCUUGUUGAGCGGAGCGAGUGUCGUUGCACAUUUAUGCUGA